CUUGUUCUCUGACAGAGCAACCUUUGACCUUUCUAGUUAGAGCGCUCUCGAUGGUCUCUUCCCUCAUCGUUGUGCUGCAUGUCAAGUUUGAUUAAUUGUCAACAAAUUUACUAAAAUAACAAUAUUUUCUAUUGGGAAGAGAAACAUUUUAACUAGGGCCUAGCCUAAAGAGAAUAUUUUUUUGUACUUUGACUAUAAUUUUAUGAGGUUUGGAGAGCAGCUCCAUUAACCUCCAGAAAAAAGAAAUUGUAAAUAAUGGCUGAGCAAGGAAUGACAUCAAACAUUAAUGUUGCAAAUACAAAAGGAACAGACGAACUGGAACGACAAAGAAGGAAGGUAUUCCCACGGAACGAAGUACUGAAUCUAAUAAGAGUAUGGGGCAUGGACGAAUUCCAAGAGAGGUUUGAUACAAAAUUUUGUCAUCAUACGAUUUGGGAAGAAAUAGCGGAGAAAAUGAAGCAACUGGGUUUCAAUCGGACUGCAGCCGAUUAUAAAAGUAAAAUGGCGAAUAUCAAAACGAUUUACUUCAAGCACAAAAAAGCAUUAAAGAGUGAAAAUCCACCGAUGACUGACAGAAAUGCUAGGGAAUAUUUUCCUGAGGUUGAAGCGGUCUUAAAGGCCCAUCCGCCGACACGGACUGCUAAUGUUUUGGACUCAAUGUCAAGUUUUUGUUCUCCUGAAGACUUAGUGGAUGAAAGCUUCAGUGAUGCUGCAGAAAUUAUCUUUAAAAGUGAAAUAGUUGAGAAUGGUUCACCAAAUAGCUACCCAAGUGCUUCUGCUGAGGGGGCCUCCAACAGUAAUGGCAUUGAAAUUAUCCCUGGAGAUACUUGCGUCAACUCACCAGAGAUCCAAAAACCCUCUGACGUACAAGAAGGAAACAAGAGGAAAUCUUGCAACCCAAGGAAAAGAAAAUUGAUAGAUUUUGAUGAAACAGAUGCCCAAAAAGAAAAACUAACUCAGCUCUUUGAGACAAUGGUGGAUUUGGAGAGGCAGAGCGUUGCAUUGGAAAAACAACGAAUCGAUUCUGAACGUCAGUUUUUUCAUGGAAUGCUGACGAUGAUGUCACAGAUUGUUGGUCAAAUGACCCAUCAGAACUCAGUUGGCAUGUUAUGAUGAUGAAAUUUAUAGAAUUGAUCAUUUACUUAAAGCAUGCACAUGUACCGUAUAUUCUUGCUUAUAAGGCAAUCCACGUAUAAGACAACAACCGAGUUUUUGGACAAUUUCUUGUAUGUCAGACGUAUAAGAUGACUCUCUUUCACAGUCAGAAUUCCUACUAUUUGCUCUUUAUGGUCUUGAUAAACGGCAUCUAGCUGGCUCAAAACGAAACCAAAUAUAGGGCUAAUUUUUGAAAUAAUACCAAUUUAUGGGCUUUUACAUGUUAUUUACCCACAUUUGAAUUCAUUCAUACUAACAGUUAUGGGCUUCGUUUCUGUAGUAAAUUUGCGUGUUAUGGAUGAUCCACACAUAAGACGAACAUGGUUUAAAAGUCCAAAAAAUUGUAUGUGUUGCGCAAGUAAGACGAUCCCUCUGUUUUCAAUCGUAAUUUGUAAUCGCCUUGUCUUAUACGCGAGAAUAUAUGGACACAGAUAGAAAAAUAUCAAAAAAUACCUAUAGAAAAAUCUGAGUUGAUUACCAGUACGAUAACUAUAUGAUUCAUUGUUCUAGCACCCUGACUUAAAAAUCAAAUUCAACCAAUUUUCAUUUUUUUCUGUAGACCUACUGUAGGCCUGCUUCAUGGUUCACUGCUAGGGAAUCUUCAUAAAUAGAGUAUUUUUGGGGUUUUUUGGUAGAAAAUAUGGCUUUGAUUUUGAGUCGGUCAGGCCAAGACAACACAGUGGUUUUUUUUGGUAAAACAACAACAAUAAUAAUAAUAAUUUAAUAAUAAAGUAAUAAAAUAUAAAAUACUGUAUUCAAGAUAAAUGCCAGUUAUGAUUGAUGGAGUGUGCCGAGCCUGUAGCUCUCAUCAAUGGUGUACAAUAAUUGUUUUUAUUUAAUAUAAGGUAUAUAAAAAAAAUUUUUUAAUUAUUAUUUUUAGUUUUUUAAUUUUUAAUAACAUCUCAUACAACUCUAACUGGAGAGGGAUAUAACGCAUUUCUAUGAUGUCAUACAGCAUUUCUGUGCUUUUUUUGAGAUACAAAAUUAUUUUAGCUUACAAAAAUGGAUGAAAAUAAGUUGAGUAAGUUCUUGAGACAUUGUUUCAAUCGGUAUACAAACUCCAGCCUCCUGAAUACCAUUCAUUUGUUUCAUAUAGAGAGAGGAGCAUAGCUCAGUCGGCUAAACUGGUUUUAAUCACUGAACCUAGGAGAUCCUUUGUUGCCCGGUUUAAUUACAUUUGCUUCUUUCCUUCUGUUUCAGCUAACAGGCUGAAAUACAAGUACUGUGUAAACAUGUGCACCUUCUUUUUAAAUGAGACAUUUUAACCGUUGGUCCCGUGAGCUCAUGUCCAUAUUAAAGAACACAGUACACUCUUCGGAAAAGAGUAGGAGAUUGUCACCUGGUGUACUGCCCAAUCACCACCAGAAGAACCCCACUAAAAGUUAGUCUUCUGGGUUAUCCUUGGUGUUUACACCGAAUAAAUUCAAUCUAAUCCAUAAUUAAAAAUUAUUCCUGUUUUAUGAGCUUGAACAUAAUAAUUUACCAGACAAUUUAUGUUGAUAUUUGCUUUUCUACAUUUUGCUUUCAUUAGUGAUUAGAGGCUUUUUAUAUAAGGUGCUAUAUAAAUUAUUAUUUUUAAUAUAUUGCACUCUACAAAAUUUAUGCAAAUACUUUGAAAAUGCUAUGUCCAUAAUUGGACAAACCAAGAGAAUAGGGCAGCAGGUCUCAAACUACGGGGCACGACCCAAACUCACAAGUCUCAAGGAUUGUAUUUAAAAUUGCAUUUUAUAUCCUGCUAAAAUUUGCUGUGGUAUUAAGCGAAUUAAUGGAAUCAUAUAAACAUUUUACUUCCAAUUUUUUUUAGCAGUUAAUGACCCAUUUUGAGUUUUUUUAACGUCUUGGGAAGUGGUUUGUAGCAAGUUGCCUGGAUGUUUUUUUGUUUUUUUUUGGGUCGUCGGUCAAAAAGAAUGAGAACUGCUGUAACUUUUACUGGGAAUUUUUAAGUUUUAAAAGUUUAAUAUGUGGUUAUUUAUUUAUUGAAUUGUCCUGUUUUUUUUUUUAUUGACCAAUUCUUGUGUUUUAAAAUGUAUAUAGCUUGGUCUCUGGGGAGGAUAUAUAUAUAUAUGUAUAUAUAUGUGCUCGAUGAAUAUAUAUGGGGUACUACUGCAGCUCGCAAUAUAUAUUGCAAUAUUAUAUAUAUAUAUAUAUAUAUAUAUAUGCUGUAUAUAUAUACAUAUAUACAGUACAAUAUAUAUAUAAAACUAUAUAUAUAGAGAGAGAGAGAGCGCAUGAUGUAAUCCAUGUGUGUUCCUUAGAUACAUAACUCAAUGAAAAAGACGAUGUCAACGACUUGGUAGACUUAGAUUACAGAUUUUAUUCAAACAUGAAUAUUUCAAACCCGUCCUCGGGUCUACUUCAGCAUGUGUGAAGAAGACGCGAGGAUGGGUUGAAAUAUUCAACCCAUCCUCGCAGUACCCCAUACAUAAUCAUCGAGCUCCUUACUAGCGAAUCCUAUAAACAGUGGGCAUUAAUAGUUCCCCAUACAUAAUCAUAGUGCUCCUUACUAGCGAACCUUAUAAACAAUGGGCAUUAUAAUAGUGCACCUUAUAACUACCUGUUGGACCCCACAAAAAUCCUUGCUUUAAAUUUCAUUUGACAUAGAUAUUGUGAAAAUGUUUAGCUUCAAACUCAAGACGUUUGGAUUCAUGUUUGGUUGCUAUUUUAAACUAAGAGGUUUUCCAUUAUUAAAGACAAUUUUCUGAAGGUUUUGUAUGAAUUGUUGAAAUAACAAUCUCCAUUUUUAUUAUUUAUUUUUAAUUUGUUAUGUACUUUAUUUUAGUAUUAUAAUUCAUUGUAUUAUAUUCGUAUGUUUUAUCUGUGUUCAUUAUGUUUUAAGAAGUUAGAUUUUACUUAGUUUUAAUAUAGAAAAACCAGGAGUAUUGUUUAGUAAUGUUUUGUUAAAUAAAAACUGACAUAAAAUAUUACAAAUUAAUACUGUAUCCUCAAAUAUUAAAUAGCUCUUUUGAAAGAGCAUCAGACAUUCUUUACACGCCAGGUUUCGUUGACCUUUGAACUAGCAUGUUGGGUAUUUAUACUGUAAUAAUACAGUAAUAUUCGUGGUCUAGUUAUGGCAUCGCUAUUUAAGUCCCUGUGGAGGUUGAUUUGUUUAAUUUUUUUUUAUUAAUUCAUUACCGUGUAUUAUAAUUAUAUACUGGACAGGUAAUGAAUAAAGUUCUGGAAAUAAUGAA